UGAUGCCAUCCAACUCUAAAAAUUAUUUCGUCGUCCAAAGUGUCCCUAAGCAAUAAGAACGUCCGAACAAAGGCAAAGGGCAAAGCCAAAACGCGGUCUACAUAAACCGUUUAUCACUAAACCAGCAGUGAGCUUCGCAAGUGUACAGCAACACCACCACUCGACAACAACGACACUAAAAAAAUCAAAAUUGGUCUCUUUCAUUCAAUGACAAUCUGACUCACAAACAAACACCCAUCAAGACUUUUUCUUCUCUCUUCUAUUCUAUGGUCUUUUGAGUAAAUGGCUUCUACCCUUUUAUCAAGGUCUCUCCUUGCUGCUCAUCGCCUGAUUCACUCCUCUCUUUCUCCCUCUCAGAAGCCCCAAAUCCUCUCUUCUCUCUUCAAUAAGAGACCAUUUCACUUAGGAGCACACCCUGUCUGCACAUCUUAUAAAAGAUCUGGUUCGGUUCGUGUUAUGGCUUCCUCAGCACCCGGGGGUGCAACAGCUGGUUUUGCUUCAAAAGCCAUCAGUGUGAGCGACCCUAUUGUUUCUGUUAAUUGGCUCCACGAGAACCUCAAGGACCCGAACUUGAAGGUUUUGGAUGCAUCAUGGUACAUGCCUGGUGAGCAGAGGAAUCCGAUUCAAGAGUAUCAGGUUGCUCAUAUUCCUGGUGCUCUCUUCUUUGACAUUGACGGGAUUUCAGACCGAACGACAAAUUUACCACAUAUGUUGCCGUCAGAAGAAGCCUUUGCUGCUGCUGUUUCUGCUCUUGGCAUCGAGAACAAAGAUGAUGUGGUUGUGUAUGAUGGGAAGGGGGUUUUUAGUGCAGCUCGUGUUUGGUGGAUGUUUCGGGUAUUUGGCCAUAAUAGAGUGUGGGUUUUAGACGGAGGCCUGCCACAUUGGCGAGCAGCGGGAUAUGAUGUUGAAUCUAGUGCUUCUGGUGAUGCUAUUUUGAAAGCUAGUGCUGCCACUGAAGCGAUAGAGAAAGUGUAUCAGGGACAUGCGGUUGGGCCAGUUACAUUUGAGACAAAGUUUCAGCCACAUAUUGUCUGGACUCUUGAUCAGGUUAGAAAAAACCUGGAGGAAAAGACACACCAGCUUAUAGAUGCCAGAUCUCAGGCCAGGUUUGAUGGAGCUGCACCGGAGCCUCGAAAGGGUGUUAGAAGUGGUCACGUACCUGGCAGCAAGUGCUUUCCUUUUCCACAGAUGUUGGAUGGAUCUGGGACCUUCUUAUCUGCAGAAGAGCUAAAGCAAAGAGUCGAGCAAGCGGGGAUCUCUCUGGAAAGCCCGAUCGCUACGACGUGCGGCACUGGCAUAACUGCUAGCCUUCUUGCUUUGGGCUUUUUCCGACUUGGCCAGCAUGACGUUCCGGUAUAUGACGGGUCAUGGACUGAGUGGGGAGCAAAUCCUGAUACGCUCGUCGAGACUUCGCAGUAACAUUAUGAUCGUGAUGGAAAGGCAGCCGAUGCGGAUCUUCCCUGAUGAAAGCUCGGAUGAUGUAUAUUGUAACGAGAAUAAUAAAAGCGUGUCAAGUUUUUCAUGUGGAUGUAAUUAACUUGCAUUCUGUUUCCAUUGUUAAAAGCAUGACUAGAGCCUUAUUUUGUUCAAUUCAAAAAUUCAUCUUUUGUUGGAACAUGCAAAAUAUUCUGAUUUUCA